GAGUCAACAGUAGCUUCCCUGAAGAGCGGCCUCUUCUCCUUGCUGCCUGGAGUUGACAUUGUUUCCUGCCGGCAGAAUCAGUGACAUGCCAGCCCUAGCGGGAUGACUGGGUGUUCCGUCGGCGGGGAUGUGGUCAUUGACGGCCAAUGAGGACGAGGACGAGAGCGCUACGGCCCACUUCUUUCUUGGAGCUGGAGAUGAGGGGUUGGGCACCUGUGGAAUAGGCAUGAGGACAGAAGAGAGUGACAGUGAACUCCUUGAGGACGAGGAGGAUGAGGUGCCCCCAGAACCUCAAAUUAUUGUUGGCAUCUGUGCCAUGACCAAGAAAUCCAAGUCCAAGCCAAUGACCCAAAUCCUAGAGCGACUCUGCAGAUUUGACUAUCUGACCGUUGUCAUCCUGGGAGAAGAUGUGAUCCUAAAUGAACCCGUGGAGAACUGGCCAUCCUGCCACUGUCUCAUUUCUUUCCACUCCAAAGGCUUUCCUCUCGACAAAGCUGUUGCUUACUCCAAGCUUCGAAACCCCUUCCUUAUCAAUGAUCUGACCAUGCAGUAUUACAUCCAAGACAGGAGGGAGGUGUACCGGAUCCUACAGGAGGAGGGUAUUGAUCUGCCACGAUAUGCUGUGCUCAACCGUGACCCUGCCUGUCCUGAGGAGUGCGACCUCAUAGAAGGUGAAGACCAGGUGGAGGUUAAUGGAGCUGUCUUUCCCAAGCCCUUCGUGGAGAAGCCAGUGAGUGCAGAGGACCACAAUGUUUACAUCUACUACCCUAGCUCUGCUGGAGGAGGAAGCCAGCGCCUCUUCCGUAAGAUCGGCAGCCGGAGCAGCGUGUACUCUCCUGAGAGCAGUGUCCGGAAGACAGGAUCGUACAUCUAUGAGGAGUUCAUGCCAACGGAUGGCACAGACGUUAAGGUGUACACAGUGGGGCCAGAUUAUGCCCAUGCUGAAGCUAGAAAGUCUCCAGCUUUGGAUGGGAAAGUUGAACGAGACAGCGAGGGGAAAGAGGUUCGAUACCCAGUCAUGUUGACUGCCAUGGAAAAGCUGGUGGCCAGGAAGGUCUGCGUAGCUUUUAAGCAAACAGUUUGUGGAUUUGACCUUCUUCGUGCCAAUGGUCACUCUUUUGUGUGUGAUGUCAAUGGCUUUAGCUUUGUCAAGAACUCAAUGAAGUACUAUGAUGACUGUGCCAAGAUUCUGGGGAACACCAUUAUGCGGGAGCUUGCCCCACAGUUCCAGAUACCGUGGUCUAUCCCCACAGAAGCUGAGGACAUUCCCAUUGUCCCUACCACAUCUGGCACUAUGAUGGAACUCCGUUGUGUCAUCGCGAUCAUCCGUCACGGGGACCGAACCCCAAAGCAGAAGAUGAAGAUGGAGGUGACGCACCCAAGGUUUUUUGCUCUAUUUGAAAAACAUGGUGGAUAUAAGACGGGAAAAUUAAAACUUAAGCGGCCAGAGCAGCUCCAGGAGGUGCUGGACAUUACGAGGCUGCUGUUGGCUGAGCUGGAGAAGGAACCAGGAGCUGAGAUUGAGGAGAAGACUGGGAAGCUCGAGCAGCUGAAGUCUGUGCUGGAGAUGUAUGGUCACUUCUCAGGUAUUAAUCGGAAGGUGCAGUUGACCUACUACCCCCACGGAGUGAAAGCGUCGAACGAGGGCCAAGAUCUGCCGAGAGAGCCACCAGCGCCAUCUCUCCUGCUGGUGCUCAAGUGGGGUGGAGAGCUGACACCUGAUGGCCGCGUUCAGGCAGAGGAACUGGGGCGGGCUUUCCGUUGCAUGUAUCCUGGAGGCCAGGGUGACUAUGCUGGCUUCCCUGGCUGUGGGCUGCUUCGUCUCCAUAGCACUUUCCGUCAUGACCUCAAGAUCUAUGCAUCUGACGAGGGCCGAGUCCAGAUGACUGCUGCUGCGUUUGCAAAGGGCCUCUUAGCUCUAGAAGGGGAGCUUACACCCAUUUUGGUACAAAUGGUGAAGAGCGCCAACAUGAAUGGGCUGCUGGACAGCGACAGUGACUCCCUGAGCAGCUGCCAGCACCGUGUGAAGGCGCGGCUGCAUCACAUCUUGCAGCAGGAUGCACCCUUCGGCCCCGAGGACUACGACCAGCUGGCUCCGACUGGGAGUACUUCGCUGCUCAACUCCAUGUCUGUAAUCCAGAAUCCUGUGAAAGUCUGUGAUCAGGUAUUUGCCCUGAUUGAAAACCUUACCCACCAAAUUCGGGAACGGAUGCAGGACCCCAGCUCUGUAGACCUGCAGCUCUACCACAGUGAAACACUAGAGCUAAUGCUACAGCGUUGGAGCAAACUAGAGCGUGACUUUCGACAAAAGAGCGGGCGCUAUGAUAUCAGUAAGAUCCCCGACAUCUAUGACUGUGUCAAGUAUGAUGUACAACACAAUGGGAGUCUGGGACUUCAAGGCACAGCCGAGUUGCUACGUCUUUCAAAAGCUCUGGCCGAUGUGGUCAUUCCCCAGGAGUAUGGCAUCAGUAGAGAAGAGAAAGUGGAAAUCGCUGUGGGCUUCUGUCUUCCACUGCUGCGGAAAAUCCUACUUGACCUGCAGAGAACUCACGAGGAUGAGUCUGUCAACAAGCUGCACCCCCUGUACUCGCGUGGAGUGCUCUCUCCAGGCCGCCAUGUUCGAACUCGGCUCUAUUUCACCAGUGAGAGCCAUGUUCACUCCCUACUCAGUGUCUUCCGUUAUGGGGGACUUCUCGAUGAGACCAAGGAUGCACAGUGGCAGCGAGCUUUGGCGUAUCUUAGUGCCAUCUCAGAGCUCAACUACAUGACCCAGAUUGUUAUCAUGCUUUAUGAGGACAACACACGGGACCCCUUGUCAGAGGAGCGGUUCCAUGUGGAGCUACAUUUCAGCCCUGGUGUGAAAGGAGUUGAGGAAGGCAGUGCCCCAGCCGGCUGUGGAUUCCGUCCAGCCUCUUCUGAGAAUGAGGAGAUGAAAACAGAUCCAGGCAGCAUAGAGAACCUAUGCCCAGGAAAGCCAUCAGAUGAGCCAGACCGAGCCCUGCAGACCUCACCCCAGCCUGUUGAGGGCACUGGCCUCCCGAGGAGAUCACCCCUCAUUCGUAAUCGAAAAGCUGGCUCCAUGGAGGUGCUGUCUGAAACUUCGUCUUCAAGACCUGGUGGCUAUCGGCUGUUUUCAUCUUCACGGCCGCCAACAGAGAUGAAACAGAGCGGCCUAGGCUCACAGUGCACAGGGCUGUUCAGCACCACAGUGCUGGGCGGCUCCUCCAGUGCUCCGAAUCUUCAGGACUACGCCCGCACCCAUGGCAAAAAGCUCCCGCCUGCCGGUCUAAAGCACCGAGAUGAGCUCUUGUUUGUCCCGGCCGUAAAACGAUUUUCUGUGUCGUUUGCAAAGCAUCCGACUAACGGAUUUGAAGGGUGCUCCAUGGUACCUACCAUCUACCCCCUGGAAACACUGCACAAUGCCCUUUCCUUGCGCCAAGUGAGUGAAUUCUUGACUAAAGUCUGCCAGCGCCACACUGAUACCCACGCACAGGCAUCUGCAGCCCUCUUUGACUCUAUGCACAACCACCAGGCCUCAGAUAACCCGUUUUCCCCACCCCGCACUCUUCAUUCGCCACCCCUGCAACUUCGACAUCGCUCUGAAAAGCCACCUUGGUACAGCAGUGGGCCUUCCAGCACUGUGUCCAGUGCUGGCCCUUCCUCUCCUACUACGGUGGAUGGAAACUCACAUUUUGGCUUCAGUGAUCAGUCCUCUGUAAAUACACAAAUGACUGAAGAAAAGCAAGGCCUUGGGUUGCUCCAGGAGACUCCUGGAGAUGGAACACCAGAGUUCCACAUAGAACUUGCUGAGUCAACCCAGUCCCCUCAAGAGCCACCUGUGGAAAUCAGCCCUCCAGGAAGUCAGGAUGAUACUGAGGUCAACCAAACAUGCCAGGAGGUCCCAGACAUCAUUCAGCCAUGCCAUGACAUCCUUGAGGAGAUUGGCCAGCCUAAUCAGGAGGUCCCUGACAUCAGCCAGCUUUUGCUGAAGAACCAUGACACUGCCACCAACACAUGUCAACCAUGCCAGGCCAGCCAGCUGUCUCAGAAAGUUUAUGAGGAAAUUUGUCAGCUUUGUCAAGACAAUCCUGAGGAGAGUAACCAGCUAUGCCAGGAAGUCUCAGUAGAGCUGGGCAGGAUGGUCCACAGAUUCCCUGUAAGAAUUGGUAGCAGCACCCAGGAAACCCUUAUGGAAAUUGGCAGGCCAACCCAAGAGAUCCCCGAAGACCCAUGCCAGGAGUUCUCUGAGAAGGUUGGCAUGCUGACUCAGAAAGCCUCUGCCAUCAAUGAGUUAUCUCAAGACAUCCUUGAGACUGACAACCCAUCCCAAGAGCUCUCUGAGGAGACUGAUCUACAGGCUCAGGAAGUCUCUGAGGAGAUUGAUCGGGAGCCCGAGGUGGUCCCUGAGGUUGUUGAUGAGCUGUCUAAUGAAGAUAUCUCCUAAGUUCAAUAUCUGACUAGUGAUAUAAACACUGAAAGCCAGUCUCCGGCUCACAACCAGCACUCAGCCCUUCCACCAGCAACAUGUGGCUAGUCAUCUUGUUAUUGGUGUCCUACUCUACCAGCCAUUUGAGCCAACAGCCUUACUGUUGGCUAACACACAGAAAGAGCCCCAAGCAAGGUGUGGGCUCACACAGCAGUGUCUGAGGAAAUAGGCCUUGUGGCAUGAAACAUACUCCUGCCAGAGCUUACGCCUAAGGAGGAGCUGUUUAUGUUCAGAGAAGUUGUUGGCUCUUCACUUAGCCAUGGAGUUGGGAAUCAUAGAUUGUUGAAGGAAAUGCCACUUAACUGCUGAAGAUACCAUGUUGAAGGGACAGCAAAUAUAACAUGGAAGGUGGCAGGGUCUCUACUUGUUGAAUGAAAUAUUCACAACUUUUUAAGGUACCCUCUGCCCAUAUGUGCAUUCAAGGAAACUCUUCACUCUCACAGGCUAGCUCAGGGGAACUGCCUGAGAUGUCUGGAAAAUAGAGUUCCACUGUCUAAACUCAUGGUUGAGACUGAACUUAUGGAUGUUUUGGUGUAA